AUGAACUACAUUCAAAACACAGGAGAAAUCUGCCUGCCGGCCGCCCUGACGCAACUUGCAAGUGGAAUAGAUGGAGGAGAGACUUUCGUACAGCUUGAAUUCUGCGUCGGCGAUAAUACGCGCGCCGGAAUACUUAGAACGUGUCCGAUGUCUGAGCACAAUAACGUUCAUCCUCUCAAAGACCGACCCAAGGGCGAGACCAAACUCCAGGACAAUUUCAUCACAGGGGAGACAUUCCAAAAAGUCUUUCAGCAUGAUAAAAUUGAUCACGAUUUGCUGACGAAAUGGUUCAUCAUCGGUCUCCCAGCAAAGUAUCCCAACUUUGUCCAACCGCUUCGGGCCUGUGCUGCGGCAGUUGAGAUGUAUUCACGUCUGCCAGAAGCAACCGUCGACUCUUCAAUUGUUGCACGCACGUCACUCACUGAUGCCCGGUGGCUAGGAGAUUUGUCUAAUGGCGGCUAUUCACCGAUGAGAUUGACACUCUCGCGGCCCCAAGCAUUUGCCUGCAUCGCCAUGUUUGAGUCGGGCCGCAUCUAUGACGUCGGAUACCUGAAGAAUGUCUUCGCUAUGACAUAUGGAAACUCCAUCUUUGUGGCUAGUCCCAUGAUGGCUGACCCUUACGAAAGGCCCGUCGAGACUGAAAUCAAGCGUGUUCCCGGCAACAUAGGACAGCCAGGACUGUCCUUCCUCAUCCCACCGCCAGAGCCAAGGAUCAGAAAGUCAAAACCUGAGGCUUGGACCGUUCUCAACCACAAGUCGUUCGAAGGACAACUCGAGGACAACUUUUGGAAAACGUCGAUGCACUUGACCCUCACACAGUACCAGCCUAGGUUGCCUGGCUUGAACCACGAUGAACACUUCAUUGAUGAAGCGAGUGCCCUCCGGGAGACUCUGGUCCAGGUCUACGACAGCUCGGAAUGGGUAUGCGAUCUCGACAUUCUAUCGGCCUUGAGUAACCCGCUGGUAUCUCGUGUUACAUGCAGUGACCGGGAACAGCACACAGCAUCUCAGACGAUUCCGGAUACUUUCCCGCAAACCGCCACAGUGGAUAACUGGGAAGAACUACUUACGCCGCCCGUUGAUGCAGCAGUCUCUGUUGUUCGAACAUCCGGGAACUGGCUAGGAAGGCUCGCUGCCGUGGGGGUUAGCAUCCGCUUAAGGAGACAUGCCGUUAUUCUUCCGAAACAGCCAUGUUGGUCUUGUGUUGAGACUCACCUGAUAGGAUUGAAGCCUUCUGACGAUGAUGAUCUGGACCCUGUCUUGAUCUUGUAA